AUGUUCAAGGUAAUUCAGAGAUCUGUGGGGCCAGCCAGCCUGAGCCUGCUCACCUUCAGAGUCUAUGCAGCACCCAAAAAGGACUCGCCUCACAAAAGUUACAUGAGGACUGAUGAGCUUUCACUCUACUCAGUUCCUGAGGGUCAUUCUAAGUAUGUGGAGGAGCCAAGGACUCAACUUGAAGAAAACAUCUCACAACUCCGACAUCGUUGUGAGCCAUAUACAAGUCUGUGUCAGGAAGUAUACUCCCAUACUAAACCCAAGGUGGAACACUUUGUCCAGUGGGGAGUAGACAACUAUAACUAUCUUCAAAAUGCACCUCCUGGAUUUUUCCCAAGACUCAGUGUUAUUGGUUUUGCUGGUUUUGUUGGACUCCUUCUUGCUAGAGGUACAAAAAUAAAGAAGCUGGUGUAUCCUCCUUUUUUCAUGGGAUUAGGUGCCUCUGUCUAUUACCCACAACAAGCCAUCACCAUUGCCCAGGUCACUGGGGAGAGAUUACAAGGAUACAUAGUCCUAGAAGACUUGUGGAAGCAAAAUUUUCAGAAGCCAGGAAAUGUGAAGAAUUCAUCUGGAAAUAAAUAGAAAACUCCGUACUCUGCCUAUUUUAAUCAGUUAUAGAUAAACAUUGGAAGCUCCAGACGGUAAAUCAGUAUUUCUACAGACAAAUGCAGAAUCAGUAUUGGAUAUAGUAAACUGGCUUUCUUCAGGAAAAACAACGCUAA